AUGUUUAAGGGUUAACAUCAACUACCUGAUUUCAUAGCUGUAAUAUUAGUUUACGGGAUUAUUUUCAGUGAAUAUUAUGCUUUUGUUUUUAUCUUCCUACCUCCAUUUCUUAAUAAAGUAAUUCGUUUUUCACCAAAUAUAUUAGCAUGGAAGUAUUACUUAUUUAAUUGGAAUUGAAUUUACUAUCAUAUUCAUUUUCUUGAAUUUAGCAUACAUUAUGAUUUAAUAUACCAAACCUGGAUAUCCUCCAAAAGAUUUAGUAUAUGGUACAUAUAUUAAAUUAGGCUAAACAUUAUCAUGAAAGAACUCUGGAAGACAUAAAAUAAAGAACAAAAAAAAUGACUGAAAAAAUUAAUAAACACAGAUAAAGAAGAAUGCAAAAUCAUAUUGAAUUACAUGAUGAAAAUGACGAUGAAAUUGUAAUAAAAUAAUUUUAUUAUAUGGUUCUAGCGAUAUUAUUCAAGCAUUAUAAUUAGUUUCAUACUGUUUUAAAUGUGAUAAUAUAAAAUUACCAAGAACUCAUCAUUGUAAAGAAUGUAAUAAAUGUGUAUUGAGAAUGGUAAUUAAAUUAUUUAUUGUUAUAUUAGGAUCAUCAUUGUCCUUGGGUUAAUAAUUGUGUUGGUUUGAAAAAUCAUAGAUAUUUUUGUCAAUUCAAUUUCUAUGCUAUAUUGUGCAUGAUCCAAUGUACAUUAUUUAUUUCUUACGAUUUGUUUGUAAAUGAUAAAUUUGUGUUACAAGUAUUAUUAAUUUAAUAAUUAUUAGGAACUGACUAAAAAUCAAUAGUUUUUAUUAACAAUUUGUGAUGUUACAUGUUUUGCUUUAGUUAUGGCAAUGGGAUUUCUAUUGGGAUUUCACAUCUAUCACAUUGCCCAAAAUAUAACAACUGUCGAAUAUCAUAUAAAUGAAAUCAAAGCUAAUGUAUUUUAUAAAAAUUAAUAAUAUACAUUUAGAACCCUUUCAGGAAACCAAGAAUUAUAGAUAACUUAAAAGAAGUCUUUGGUCCUGAAAUUAAGUAUUGGUUUCUUCCUUUAAGAAAUGUAGAAAAGAGUGCCUUUCCUAGAACAGAUCUUUUUGAAGUCUGA